AGUAUUGAUUAAAUCCUGGCUGAGUGAUAGCAUGUCCAGUUGGAAUCCCAGUAAGCGAGUCAGUGAUUUUGUUGAUCGUUGCCAUUGAGAUGUUUAAUCGUCGGGCCAAUGUAUGUCAGCAUGUAGUCAAGCCGCUGGUUGAAAGUUGGCAUUUUUUUAAUUGCAGAGACGGAAAAGACUUACUAGUGGACAGCGAGCGCUCUACUACCGGUGGCUCGAAAAAAAAACAUAAAGGACGAGACCGUGUGAGAGGAAAAAAAAAAGCUCCUUAUCGUUGUGAAACAUGCGCGGAAAAUUUUGAGACAGAGUUAGAUUUACUGGCCCACCAUACGACGAUUGACGACAUCAGCUGUUGUCACUCCGAGACACCUAGAGCUUCUAGACGCAGAUCUCAUCGUAGAUCGAGGGGUCACAGUUCCAAGUCUGACACAAAUGACAGCGAUGGCAAACAGUCAAGGCCGUCGACUCCAGUCAAGAAUCACCAGCUCAAGUGCUUCGACUGCCAGAAGACGUUUAAAAAAAAAAAGUAUUUGAAAGUCCACAUGGCUCUGCACGGUAGCCCUCACGUGUGUCAUAUAUGCGGUGCUAAAAAAACCUCCGAGUACGAUUUGAACAUUCACGUGCGGCGACACAACAAAGAGUUCACUGAAUUUUGUCCCGUUUGCAAAAAAGGUUUUUAUCUUAAGGCCAAUUUGAAAAAUCACAUGAGUAGACACACCAGUGUAAAACCUUUCGAGUGCGACGUGUGUAAAAAACCUUUUGGAAAUCAGAUUUAUCUGAAAAGUCACAUGAGGAUCCACUCUCAGCCGGAUACUAGGAAAAAAUACACCUGCAGUAUUUGCGAGUUUGAAACCUUCUACAGCUACUGCUUCAAAGAGCACAUGUGGACCCAUACAGGAGAGGGCCAGUUGCCUUGUCAGUACUGCGGGAAACUGAUUCGCCGCGACUACAUGAAAAUUCAUAUUAGAAUUCAUACCGGGGAAAAACCGGAGGUGUGUGAAUUCUGCGGGAGAACUUUCGCUUCCAGAAGAUAUCUUGUGAAACAUCGUCGCAUUCACACGGGGGAGAAACCUUACAAGUGUCAUCGUUGCGACAGAGCUUUUACUCAACGCGGUACACUCACUAGUCAUCUUCGCACUCAUCGAACUCCUCCUCCUUUGCCAUAAUUAUUAUUAUUAUUAAUUAUAAAUUUAUUUUUAAUUUUUAUUAUAAAACUUUCUAGUCCGAGUACCUUCUUGUCAACUAGCUCCGUAAUCUCUUUUCAGUAUUAAUUAAAAAUUUAUCAGUAUUUAUUAUUGAUUUAUAAAACAGUGGAAUUUAUUUUAAUUAAAUGUUUUUUAUUACGAAUUAAAAAAAUAUAUUUAAAGUACUUUAAAUGUGUAUAAUUAUUGCCU